AUGACUUCAGAUAAUAUUCAUGACUGCGAAAGCUAUAACUUGACCAGCCAAGCCGAAGAGGAGGUAGUGGUUGGUAGCAAGAGGAAAAGAGCGAAAAGAAAUUUUGAUGAGUAUGUCGUUGAUUCUGAUGAGUUGGAAGACGAGAGCAUGAUGGGUAAAAAAUUCACCUUGACCUUCACUAUGAAGCACUAUGAAGGUUUUCUGAAGGUGUUUGAAAGGCGACCAGGGCAACAAGACCGAAAGCUGAAAGAGAUGAUGUCAACUGUAGUUGAAGAUGACAUUGAUGCAGCUUGUGAACUUGCCAUCAGAGGACUGUGUAUCUAUCUUAAUGAGGACCCUAAAGAUCUCAUUCAGGAGUAUGUGGACAUGGAAGAAGAUUUUUUACAGUGUGCGAUUGAGAAGACUACCAUGGGCAUCUUCGUGAUAAAGCACACUGCAGACAAUGAAGCCCAUGAUGUAGGCAUUGUGCUAGAGGGUGUAGCAGUGCUUCAGGACCUCGACAGUGUGGAUUUAGCAACUUCAAUGUUGUUUGGUCUAAUUUAUGCUCUUAACCUGCAGUACCCCACAAAGUUGCAUUUUACAACUGAAAUUUUGCAAAAACUCAUCAUGGAGUUGGAUGCAGGUGAACUCUAUCAAGGCCCAACAUUUCAAAUCUGAACUCCACCAGUGAGAUAGACUGAUUUCGAAUGACUACUGAGACUACAAACAAUCAACCUCAGAAAAUUUCAGCAGCCUUCAUGCAAGACCACCGCAGAGGGUAAACCGUGAUCUUGUUGUUUAGACUGUUCCCCUUUGCCUGCUCUUGUUUCUUUAUCUUUUUUUUUUUGUCUGAAUUUGGCCCUUCUUUGGACUGGCUCAGAAGUUGAUUGAUUAGAGAGCUGAAUCUAUGACACAUGGAUGAACUAGCAUAAAUAAGAUACAUUGUUUAAAGUUUAGGUAAGGGUCAGAUACUGUAUUUUCACAUUAUUUUGUAAGGUCUAUAUAUAAUUAUCUUUGAAACGAAAGUGUUUUUUCUUGAAAUAACAGUUCCAGGUAGGGCUGCACGAUAUUGGGAAAAAAUGACAUUGCGAUAUUUAAUUUUUCUGCGAUAGUAUAUUGCGAUAUGAAAUCUAAUCAAAUUUUUUCUUACAAACAAAAAUGGGGUGAGCACACUUACAUUCUCAUUUUAAAUGAUUUAAACGUCGACACCAUUGUGUCAAUUGAUUAAUAUGUGCGAGGG